AAGAGGAGCCUGAAUCAGAGAACGUUGUACCAUCCUCUGCAGGGUCGACUACAAACCUCGAUCAGACCCCUAAGGCCUCCCCGUAUCCAACACGUACACCUGCACGUACAAAAUGUCGCUCUGUGUCUUCUACCCUUUCUGAUUCUGGCUCACCAACGCUGGACAAGUCACUGGCCCUUCUCCCGCCCCAAGAUUUUGCAUCACUGCUCAGCACUCCAGCUCCCAUCAUUUUCUCCACGCCCGCGGAAGGCGACCUUCUCAAUAGCCUCAGUCUACUCGGAUUUGACACUAGUCAGAUUGUGCAUUCUGUUCUCACCGAUGCAUGCGACGCCGCAGGUGCUGUAUGGUGGCAUGGGCUGGGUGGACGGUGGGGCUGUCACAAGCUCAGAACGAGCCAAAACGAAUGCGCUGGUGGAGCCUUACCUGCCGAAAUCACGGCCUGCACUCUUGGGAAUUGGAGCAAAGGAACAAGAGGUGUUGGAUGACGGUAGUAGAAAGGAGAAACGGAGAGGGGACGAGAAGUGGUAUAUCCCGCUCGUGAGGCAAGAGAGUAGUAGGGAAGAAAGCAGGAAUGGGAGUGCGACUGUUUCGCGGAGGGCUUCGCGAUCACCUGAGAGAAGGAGCGGAGGGAAGAACAGUAGGAGGGAUGUUCGUAAGAGAAGAAAGGAUGACGACCGUGAUAGAAGGAGGGACAAUGAUUAUGACGGGUCUAGGAGAGCAAAUGAUCGCGUUAGACGACGAGACGACGACCGUGACGAUCGGGGAGCAAGAGACAGAGAUGACAGAAGAAAAAGAGACGAUAGUAGAAGGGACAGCGACAGGGACAGGGAUGUGGACAGACGGGACCGAGAUCGCGAUGUCAAUAAACAUCGUGACAGGGUCCGCGACUACGACGACCGUGAUCGACGUAGAGAUGGGGAGAGCAGACGGGGAGGAAGGGACAAGCGAGAUUAAUCAUGGUAUGACCAUCACGCAUUUACAAAGCACCAGGAC